UGGAAACCAGUGUGGACAGAAAAAUUACUUCUUUACAGAGGGUGGUCCAUCAUUACCUGAUAAUGCGUUAAUAUCAAGGCACAACAUUACCUCUUCAUUUGUUAUGUUUGAAUGCUACACUCGCUGCAAAGACGAAGUUCAGUGCGUUGGAUUCAAUUACAGGACAACAAUAAAUAUUGAAAAUUGUCAGCUGUCGAACGCAAACAAGAAUAGCAACUUAACAAAAGGAAAUUGGAUAUUAGUGCGUGAAGUUGCGACAAAGAAUGAAGAGAACAGAAAAAUAAGUAUGACCAAUAAUUUAGGUCUUAACUGUGCUGAUAUAUAUGAAAAAGGAAAUAACCAAAAUGGAAUUUAUGAAAUUGAUCCCGACGGAAAGGGAAGUUUCAGAGUGUUUUGUGAUAUGACAACAUCAGGUGGAGGAUGGACUGUAUUUCAACGUCGUCUUGAUGGAAGUGUUGACUUCUACCGAGGAUGGCAAGAUUACAAACACGGUUUUGGUAACUUAAGCGGAGAAUAUUGGCUUGGUCUUGACAAAAUACACAGGAUGACAAAUAUUUCACAAAAUGAACUUCGUAUCGACAUGGAAGAUACAUCUGGGAACACCAGAUACGCUCAUUAUGAUUCAUUUAAUGUCAGCAGCGAAAAUGAGAAGUACAAGUUGAAUGUUGGAGCUUAUAAUGGUACAGCCGGUGACUCGUUAUCAAUUCAUAACGGUAUGGCUUUCACCACCAAAGAUUCCGACAAUGAUGCUCAGCUCGUAAAGAACUGUGCAGUGGAAUACAAAGGAGCCUGGUGGUAUCGUGGUUGUCAUUUUUCCAAUUUGAAUGGUUUGUAUCAUUAUGGCCAUCACAAAUCGCACGCUGAUGGAGUCAACUGGUACCAUUGGAAAGGAUACGAUUAUUCUCUGAAAUCAGCUUCGAUGAAGAUACGACCACGUGUAUUUGGAACUAAAAACUGAAAUUGUAGCAUUCAGAAACAUUUUGAACGAACAACUUUUGAAAAAAAAGCUUAUUUUCGUCGACUGUUUACUUCCUUAGUUUUGACUUUUAUGUAGUAGAAUCUUUGAAAAAUUAGUCUAAUGAGAUGACGAUUUUUAGCCUAAUUUUUUCUUAAAAAUUGUGCCUGUAGGACGCGGCCUCGUAAAGAUGCGCAGCUGAUUUCUAAAAAUUGGGUUACGGCACCAAUUUUAGCCGUGCCGUUUCAAUAAUGUCCGCGUAAUGUAAACAGGGCUUCAAAUUAAUACAAACCAACUAAUAUUGCUAUAUGACUAUUUAUAGCUAUAAACGUUUACCUGUUUUGUUGAGUAUGUAUAACUUCAA